AUGUCCGGCGAGGUCUUCAACCCAAAUCCCACAGUAUUUGCCACAACUAAAUCCGCUCGGUCUCUCCCUCCUGGUGUCAGACUGAACUCCCUCUGGCUCGAUGAUGGCGAGCACCGAGACGAAGAGUUGGAUGACUCGAAUGAGACCGAGGCAAUAGAUCAGGAUGAGAUUUUCGAGCUCAUACGCUCCAUAUCCGAUCCCGAGCACCGAAACAUGUCUCUCGAGCAGCUGGCGGUCGUCUCAGCCCCUCAGAUCAUGUUCGAUGCGCGGAAUCCAGACAGACUCACCGUCGAGUUCACUCCGACGGUGCCUCACUGCGGAAUGAGCACCUUCAUCGGUCUUUCCAUCCGCGUACGGUUGCUCCGGAGCCUGCCUCACCGAUACAAGGUGGACAUACGCGUGAAACCUGGGUCUCAUCAAAGCGAGCAUGCUUCGUGUCGCGGCCGCCUGGAGAACCCCGCGUUGUUGGAGGUCCUGGAGCAGUGUUUGUCGACUGUUGGGCAAGAUGCCGAUGUUGCCGCGGUGUAA